AAACAUUCUCAUGCAUAUAUCGUGAAACAAAAUAUAUUAUAAUGCACUUUGUAGACCAAUGAAACAUCUGUUUUUAAAUAAAUUUUGAGCUUACGAACACGAAUAUUUCUUUUGAUCGUGACGUAACCUAACACGGAAAGAAAGAAGAUGAAAUAUAUUCGCCGCACUAUUUCUAAUCACAAGAAGAUUUAGUUUAAAGUAUUUAUUUUAUUCUAAACAACGAAUUUUCUUUUCUUUCCUUUAGUAUACACGUGAAACUAACAACAAAAGCCAUCACGAAUUAACAAAAUCGUAAACAAACAUGGCUGUUAAUCGAGUAAAGAUUAAUGUUAGUGGUUUAUAUUUUGAAACAUACGAGAAUACGUUGCGACGGUUUCCACAGACACUUCUUGGAUCACUGAAAGCUCGUAAGUUUUUCUACGAUGAGUACAAACAGGAAUACUUUUUUAAUAGAAACCGCCAGGCGUUUGAUGCAGUGUUAUUCUAUUAUCAAUCGUUCGGUAUUUUACGAAGACCAGCUACUGUUCCUGAAAAUAUAUUCGAAGAAGAGUUAAAAUUUUUUGAAAUUGAAAGACCCAGUGAAAAAGUUUUAACCGCCCAAAAAGUUAACCAGUUUUCGUUAGGAGGAGACAUACCCUUGCCUAAAAACAGAUUACAACGUAAGGCAUGGAUCCUAUUCACACGUCCAUUUUCUUCUCGUUCAGCAAAAGUAAUCGAACUACUAAACAUCGUUAUGUUGACGUUGUCAUUAGUAACGGAAUGUGUAAAAUCAGUACCAGAAUCAAAGUCAGCCUCCGUAUCUUAUUUCAUAGAUCAUGUCUGCUACGAUUGGUUUUUCUUUGAUUUCACAGUAAGAUUUUUAACAUCAAGAAAGAAAUAUACAUUCUUGAAUUCCUUUUCAAGCUUGGUAGACGUUUUAACAUUUCUGCCAUUUCAUAUUCAAAUCGUGCUUGAGAAGAUCAUGACUAAUAAUUUUUCAUUUGCCCGCGUGUUAGGUCUUCUACAAGUUAUUCGCAUAUUGAAAGUAACGCGGUAUUCAAGUGGUGUACGCGCACUUUUGUACACCGUGUAUAUGAGCUGGAAAGACUUACAGUUAUAUGUCAUCAUUGUUAUUCUACUAAACACAUUAGUCGCCUCUUUCACCUUUUUCUUCGAAGACGGAAAGCCGGGAAAUCUAUUAACAUCAAUUCCAGAAGCAAUGUGGUGGAGUGUUAAUACGUUUACCACAGUUGGUUACGGUGAUACUUAUCCCAAAACAACAUUCGGUAAAAUCUUGGGUUCUGCAUGUUCCGUAGCUGGUAUUAUAUUUUUGGGAUUACCUGUAUAUUGCUUGGUGUCGAACUUUUUGUUGCUAUGGGAAACGAUUAAAAACAUGGAUGAAUUAGGCUUUGCCAGUAGAUUAAGAAUUUCUUUCAAACGAAUGAAACGCGUAUGGAUGUUGGAAAGCAAACGUUUGAGGAGAUCACUUUCCAGAAAAUAACCAGUACUGC